GGGUGAUCCUCGAGGCAGAGGAGAGGAAGGUCUGAGCUUUGAUCUCUUCAUGUUUGCUUCCUCUCGAAACUGCCGGUUUUAGAUGCUCAGUUCUUCUCUCUGCAGGCUGAGAUCUACAUCUCAUUGCCCAUCACCAAGGAGAAGAAGCCUCUUCCAUCCAACAUCGACAUGGGGGUGACACUUUCGUGCCCCGGAGAGAUCCAUAAUUCCAUGAACGAUCGCUUGGAAGCUCUCAUCGUGAGGUCUCUCAGUUUCGGCGACAACGUGAGAUCGACUCUGCGGUCCAUCAGCUUCAAUGGCCGCGACUCCAAGCCUGCCAACCUCAAGUCUCUUGGCCCCGGGAAACGACUGAUAGAAGGAUCUGUGAGCUUUAAUGGAAGGGUAAUGGACCCUUUCCACUUGGACUCCGAUAUCGCGGUAAAGACUGCUGCUCCUAAGCAAGAUGUGCCCGCAAAGAUUGAUCAUCCCAAGAUAUCGAGGUUCAGUCCUCUGGGGAAGAGGUCCUUGGAAUCAGAUUUGAUCGGCCCUGGCAGCCCCAAGCAUGAAGCUGCCGUGAGGUUGCAGAAGGUCUACAAGAGCUUUCGGACAAGGAGACAGCUCGCAGACUGUGCCGUCCUCGUAGAGCAGAGCUGGUGGAAGCUGUUAGAUUUUGCAUUGCUCAAGCGAAGCUCCGUGUCGUUCUUCGACAUCGAGAAGCAAGAAUCUGCGGUUUCGCGGUGGUCGAGGGCGAGAACGAGGGCUGCAAAGGUGGGGAAGGGUUUAUCCAAGGAUGAGAAAGCUCAGAAACUUGCCUUGCAGCAUUGGUUAGAGGCAAUCGAUCCUCGACAUCGGUAUGGUCACAAUCUCCAGUUCUACUAUGACUGCUGGCUUCAACGCGAGAGCAUGCAGCCUUUCUUCUACUGGCUCGAUGUAGGGGAAGGAAAGGAGGUCAACCUCGAAGAACAGUGCACUCGAUCGACACUGCAACAGCAGUGCAUCAAGUAUCUUGGCCCUAAAGAAAGGGAUGCCUACGAGGUCAUAAUCGAGGAUGGAAGAUUCAUGUACAGGAAGAACAGACAGGUGAUAGACUCGUCUGAAGGUCCGAAAGAUGCGAAGUGGAUCUUCGUCCUAAGCACACUGAAGAAACUAUAUGUUGCUCAGAAGAAGAAAGGCACGUUUCAGCACUCUAGUUUUCUUGCCGGGGGAGCUACUUCUGCUGCUGGCCAACUGGUACUAGAAAAAGGAGUUCUCAAGGCUGUGUGGCCUCAUAGCGGCCAUUAUCGCCCGACCGAAGAGAACUUUCAGGAUUUCAUGAGCUAUCUUGCAGAAAAAAAUGUCGAUCUCACUGAUGUUAAGAGAAGUCCAACCGAAGAGCAUCAAGAAGAACACUGCAGGAGACCAGGAAAGCACCACUCGAAGCUGAACGUGGCUGAAGGAAAUGUCUCUACCAAGCGUGAAACCGAUGCAGAUUUAGAGCAUGAAGGAGGAGAACACUGCAGUAGACCAGGAAAGCACCACUCGAAGCUGAACAUGGCCGAAGGAAAUGUCUCUACCAAGCCUGAAACCGAUGCAGAUUUGUCUCGAGCAUCCUCCACUGGGAACACAAGCAUUAACAACAUUACCACGUGCGAGGGAGUGAACCUUAGCAGAACAGUUGCUGAUCCGAAACCAGAGGGAACACUUGAGGUGCAGCAAGAUCACAAUCUCCACAAGCAGCAGAUGACUGCUGAAGAACACGACAUGACCAGACCAGAGAACGUGUGUGUUGAGGAGCAGGAAGAGGGUGGAGAAGCUGUGAUAUCGUCGGAACUGAUACGUCGAAGGAUAAACUCGAAGAAGGGCAUCAACUCGUAUCAGCUGGGGAAGAAGCUCUCCUUCAAGUGGACGACGGGAGCAGGGCCUCGAAUUGGGUGUGUGAGGGACUACCCAUCGGAGCUCCAGUUUCGUGCGCUGGAGCAAGUAUGCUUGUCGCCGACAGGUGCAGGGAUGUCUAGGUUAGCUUCACCGCGGACCGCGAGAUGCCAGAGUCCGCUGACACAGGAGAAAUCUUUGCUCAAGGAAGUGCUGCAGCAAUCUCACAUGCAAGACAAUGGAAGAUGAAGGGAACCUGUUCCUCUGAACCAUUUACAUAUGUAUAUGUGUAUAUAUAUAUAUGUGAGAUGAGGAGUGUUUGUGUCGAUU